GGAAGUUUACACUUGCAAACCGUCUCAGCUGUUGGGCACGUAUUUUCACAGUUUAUAACUGUACUGUCCAUGACGAAGCACUUUAUCACAAAAAUGGCACCAAUCGUAAAGAAAUUCGACUACUUAGUAAUUGGCGGGGGCUCUGGUGGACUAGCAAGUGCAAGAAGAGCAGCUGAAUUUGGAAUUAAAGCCGCAAUCAUUGAGGAGGGGAGAUGGGGCGGAACUUGCGUAAAUUAAAAUAAUUUUAAUUAAAAUUUUCUAGUCUUAUUUGUUUUGAAGUUUAUUUUAAAAAAAAUUAACUUGAUUUUAUUUACCUUCUAGUUUAUAGGCUAACUAAUGCUUUGUUGAAUUCAAUACAGGCCCUAAUUUAAAUUAGUAUGAAAGAGGAAAUUUAAUAUUAUGCUCUACUAAGUGUACAUUUAAUUUUUUAAUCAAAUUUUUUUUAUUUACCCAUUUUGGCCGCUUACCAUUUUGGCAUUUUGGCUAAUGCAGAGAAUUGGUGCCAUUAAAGGGUAAUCUUGCAGUUCAGGUGCCUAUAUUAUUUCUGAUCGAAUUUUGUAUUACCCCUGUGUAAACUUAUGUGUAUUCUAUUCUUUAUUAUAUAAAAUUUAGUCCAGACAGUAUUCUAACUUUUCUUUUUAUUGAUUUUUACAUCCCCCAUUGGUACAUAGUCGGUAGCGUAAACGAUCUCUCCAUUUUCUUGUGUUUUUUAAAUUCACCCUACAUGCCAGAUUGCAAUUUUCCACUUCCCUGUUUUUUUACAGUCCCCUUAAUUUAGAUGUUAGCUAAAGGGCUUUUAAAAGAUGUUCAUUUCCGAACGUCAUCGCUAGCAACGCCGUGUAGGCUAUAUUGGCUAGUUUUAGAAAAAAUUAAACUUAUGAGACUUAUGAAUUAAUUAACUUCAGUACUGGUUUUUGAAUAUGGAUACCCAAGUGUAUGUGUGCUAAAUUUGAUAUCGUUCCAUUCACCCAUGCCCAUGCAGGAGCCUUUGUUUGGAAUUAUAUUUAUAAACCCCAUAUAAGUAAUAAAAAAGAGUUUUGGGCCCCUGUAAAAUAAAGGAACAUCUAAUUAAGUUCAACAAAACAUACUUCAUUCUUUUUGUGAACAUGCCUACAAUUUGAAAAUUUUGUUUAGCAUACCAACUUAUAGGUGAUCAAAAAUCUGGCAACAGGGUGAAAAAUACAAAUCAAAUUGAGCUUUGGAAGGUUGGGGGAUGUUCAAAGACAUAAAAUAAAACGAAAAUAAGUGCUGUAUAAUUCAGUAUUAGUUAACUAUCAAUCACUGCCUGGAUUUAAUUCAAUGAAGAAUACAUGUAAGUUUAAUAAUACUAAAUGCGAUCAGAAAUAAUAUACUCUCCUGAACUGCAAGAUUACUCCAUUAGGGAUACAUUUAGGGUUCAGGUUAGGUUUAGGGAUACAUUUAACUGGCAUUAGGCAGCAUAAUUAGGGAUGCACAGUACAGGGUUAGAGUUAAAGCUGGCUAAGGAGAGUUUGGAUUAUAUGGUACAGAGAACUCUUCUGUGUUAAAGUAAACAAAACAAAAAAAAACACUCUCAAAACAGUUAAAUGUCAAGGCACUGAGUAAAUGCUUACUUUUCCUGAGUGUACUGUGUAAUCAGAAUUAACCGAAUUGAUUAGCAUGCCCCAUUUGGAUUAUACAUUCAUAUGGUCCAGAUAACUCUGUGAAAAGAGGAUAAGAUGGGUUGGAUGCCAUUUUGUUUUCCUGAGCCCCAUCUUCGUUGAAAAAUCACUCAUUGACGUCAAAAUCAAGAUGGUAGACACAAAAAGGAAGAUGAUGCUCUACAAAAAAAUGUAACUAAGCCAAUGCCGAACCUUAAUUUGUAUCUCUAUAUUAAGCCACCAAAACCCUAAAAUAUAUCGCUAAACCUUGCAUGAAACCUUAAAAACUAAACCAGAACCCUAAAAUUUAAACUCAGCAACUUAAUUGUAACCAAGUAUGCUACAGCGUCAUGCCGUGGUAAAAAAUUGAAAAGCAUAAGAAUGAAGAAAAAAAAAUAAUUUAAAAAAAUUGAACAUAUGAAAACCUAAAUUACAGAUUCAUUUUCAUACCAGUACCAAAACGCUGUAACACAAUUUAUUACAGGUUCCACUGAAAAUGAUAUCUAAAUGAUUUCAGUAAAGUUGAAAUCCAUUUAUGAUUUAUCAAAAUGAUGAGAUUUUUUGCUUUAUUCAACCUUGAAAAAUAUCCUAGCUUUUAAAUAGAAAAAUAAAAAUGAGACACAGAUGUCAUAAAAUGGGUACUUUGUAAACAAAGGGCAUUUCACUCAUGCAUAGAUAUGCGACUAUUGGGAUGAGAACUCUUCCACAUCUGGCAUUUAAAUUUAAGUAAACAGAAUUGCACUCUGACCAAAUGUGAUAAAUGGCAAGUCAGAGAGUAAAACCUUAUGUUAUGUUUAUAAUCCAAAUAUACCAAUAUAUUAUUACCAAUAAUAAAGGAAUACAUUUAGUUGGUCUCUUUUUUUGUUGUUGACUACUCUUGUAACUGUAUUGACGGCAGUAGUAGUACUAAAUACUCUUGUUUUUUUGUGUAACUAUGCUAAGUGAAAGUGGGAAAGAUGAGGCAAAAACAUAGCAACUUUUUUGUAUACCGGUACCUGAGAUAUGCAGCAAGACCUGUUGACCUGCUGCGCUUGCCCUAUUUCCUCUUGUUAUUUCAGCUUUGGGUUUUACACUCUUAAGCACCACAAGUAUAGGCACAAAGACCAAUAUUUAUUAUAUAAAGUUGCAAUCUGAUGAAAAGGCAUGCUUUGGCCAAAGGACAGAAUUGGGCAAUUUCAAAAUUAUUACGCAUUAAACUAAUUUAAUAAACAAUAGCAAAUUUGGUCUGUAUCAGGUGAAUGUUGGAUGUGUCCCAAAGAAGGUCAUGUACAACACAGCCUUGCAUGCAGAGUUUCUUCAUGACCACAAAGGCUAUGGAUUUGAUGUAGACAUUAAAGCUUUUGACUGGAGGUGAGACCAAAUGGUGAUAAUGUUAUGUGCCUUAAAAAUGUGAACAUUUUUGGUCAUUAUGUCUAGGGCUAGGAAUUUAUAAAAUAUGUAAUUUUUAAAAGAGUUGAAAUACCAGGAUAAAAGAUUUAUUAUGUCAUUAAAAAAAUCAAACUAAUUUCAGGCGAAUCAAAAAGAGCAGAGAUGAUUACAUAAAACGAUUGAAUGGUAUUUAUGAGUCCAACUUGGAAAAGGUUUGAAAAGUCAUUAGGAUUAUUUAAUGAAUUGUAAAUAAAAUAACCACAUAAGCUAAGAGUUUUUAUAGAGAUAACUUUUCAAAAAGACAAAUAUUUUUCAUAAAUAUGAUUUAGUGAAAAACAAGACUUUAACAUAAAAUGAAAUUUUGUAAUUUAAACCCUAAAUAGUAAUUAACAACAUACUAGUCUUUAUGAUUUUUUUGUUCUUUAAGUCUCAUGUUGACAAAGAAGGGUGAUUUUAAAAAAAAAGUAAAUUAUUUUAUUUCCUCUUAGUCACAAGUUGAAAAAAUUGAGGGCCAUGGAAUCCUUACCUCUGACAAGACUGUUGAAGUGAAUGGUCAGAAGUAUGAAGCUGACCACAUUCUCAUUGCCACUGGUGGAAGGCCCAUUGUUCCAAAUAUUCCAGGUAACUUUUUCCUUACUGAUUUUGGGAACUUUUUAACAGCCAAAACAGAAUGAUGUGACUUAACACAGUUUGGGCAUAGAGCAGUGGUUCUCAAACUUUUUUUUUGGCCAAGGCCCCCUUGGAAACAUAAAGCAGUAACCAAUACUUGUGUUGUUUGCGCCCCCCCCCUCCCCCCAAAUCAUUUAAUUUUGUAUUGAUAUUGAGAACAUUAGUUAGCAAAAGCCUGUAAGGAACAUAACGACAUAACAAAAGUAAUGUUACAAUUAAUUGAAUAAAAAGCAUUUUGCUUUAAUUAAUUCAGUAAUAAAUGAAUAAACUUGAUCUUUCAGUACCACAACUUUUAAAAGUAGGAUUAAGAUUAGACAUUUAGUAAUAGUAACUUACUUCUAUAUCACUUAAUUAUGCUCACUGUAUGCUUUGGGUGGGUUUAGUUUAGGGAAGCCAUUUGUUCCAUGUCUGCUUUAAGGUAACUAACUUAACAACACUCUUUAAUUAACACUUUCAGACAUAUGAGUUAUAUUUAUUUUCAAGACAGAUCUUCUUAAACCACUUUCUGCACUGUGUAAUAAGGAUAUGAAAUUUAGUUUUGAAGCCGAAAAUCCAAGUUCGAUUUCCUAAGCUUUGGCGUCAUCUUUGAAUUAGCCAACCAUCAAAAUAACAAAAUACAUAUGUAACUAAACAUGGAUUUAUCACCCAAUGUAAAGCUUCUAUUAACGAGAACCUUUAAAUUUCCCUGACACAAUAAUUUAUAAGUAGAAAAGUUACACUUUUACCACUAUCCCUUAUGAAAAUCACAAUUAUUUGACUUCUGAACAGAGACUGCUAUAGUUUAAAAUAGAGACAUAAAAUGAAAUAAUUCUAGUUAGAUUAAUUUUACCUGUCAGCUUCAUGAUGACCAUCUCAGGCAAUGUAUUGCCUUCUAUACAUUUUAAACUAAAUCUAUUCUAGUUUGUAAAUAUGAAAUUGAUAACAAUCAAUCAAUACUUUAUUAUGGUACGGUAUCACCAGAGUAAAUUUUCAGUGCAUUCACUAUUCUAUUCAUGACCCUUGAAAUUUUUCAAGGCAGAUAAUCAUCCAUCCAUCCCUGUGGCAUUACAGCUCAUGUAGGGCUUUGGCCUGCCUCAUCAUUUCCUUCCACUUAGACCUAACUAAUGCCUUUCUUUUCCAUGGUUGGACUUUCAGCUGCUGUAGAUCUUUUUCUACAUCAUCUAUCCACCUAAGCCUAGAUCUGUCUUUGAGCCUUUUUCCUCUGGGGUAUUGGUGAUGCACCCUCUUCGUUCCUCUGUCAUUUGGCAUUCUCUCUAGGUGUCCCGCCCAGCGUAGCCUGCCUCUUUUUAUUUCUGCCACUAUCGUGGGAUCCUCAUAUAGACUGUAUAACUCCUGGUUGGUCCAUCCAUAUUCAUCCUUUGUUGGCCCAUAUAUUUUCCUGAGAACUUCCCUCUCCCAUGUGUUUAAUAGGUUUUCUGUUGUUCUUGUUAGGGUCCAAGUUUCACUUGCAUAUGUUACAACUGGUCUGAUAACUGUUUUAUAAAUAGUUUUCUUUGUUUCUCUUGUAAUGUUUUUACUUUUGAGUAUUUUCUGCACUGAAGUAUGCCCUGUUUCCGGCUGAUAUUCUUUCUUUUAUUUCUGUUAAUAAUUCGUUUCUUUCAUUUAACAAGGAUCCUAGGUAUUUGAAUUGAUUUACUUUUUCAAAAGUUUGGUUUCUAAUUUUAAUUGUUUCAUCUGUUUGUUCCUCUCUUAUCAUGGUCAUGUAUUUUGUUUUUUGGUUGUUAACUUCCAGCCUUGCUUGUAGAGAUGCGUCUUCUAAUUCAAUAAAGGAUUUUGAUAUGUCUUUAAUACUUUUCCCUAGAAGGGCUAUGUCAUCAGCAUAUGCAAGAUACUGAAGUGCUUGGUUGUAGAGUGUGCCCGUUGGUUGUGGGUCUUGAGUUUCCCUCAGAAAGUAUCCUGUUAUCGUUCCUCGAGUGUCAAUGUGUAUGUUUCUAAUAACUCUCUCCAAGGCAGAUAAUAAUAAUCCAAUAAUUAUUCAUAUAUAUUUUUCACAUUUAAUAUACAUAUUUUUUUUUAAAAGGCAUUAUCUAAUAUAAUCCACCUGCACCCCCUUAGGUAGCCCAAGCACCCCUAAAUCUACUGAGCAUCCAUCUCCCCCAUUAUCGCCUCCCCCCACACUUUGAGAUCCAUUGGCAUAGAAGUUUAUUCAUAUGGCAUAUAGGUUAUUUACUAUCCACUUUAACUUUGAGACAUGUAGAUGUGUGAAGUUAUAAAUCAUAGACAAGGCAGGAAUGAAGCAGUAUUAGAUUUAAAAACAUGAUCAUGCAGUGAGAAAGACAUUGGUACUUCAAACCCUCAAUGAAAUUAUUUAGUAAUGCUCUGCAGUUAUACUGUGACUAACAUAAAUUAUUUUAAAAAUUAUGAGAACAUCACGUAUACACACAAUUUUUCUUAGUUCUUUUGAAUGAAAACAAUAGCAUAUUAGAAAUAAAUGCAAUCGAAAGAUAUAUUUUUCCAAUAUUAAAAGUAUGCACCUAAAAUAAAAGCUGUAAAAUGUAUGGGUAAUUUAUUAUUUAUAAUUUAAGAUGGCAUUAAUCGCAGACACAACAUUCCCUUAUCAGUAACAAUGGCAGAUGUUCUCCCAUUGAACAUAAUAAAGAUUUUUUUUAAAUUUGGCGUCCUGCAUAACAAUAAUACAAAUAUUUUGGAAGAUUUUGGUAUUUAAGGCUUCAAACAAGUACCUAUUACAUAUUUAUUGUCUUACUUCAUGAAAAAUGUGUAGCAAAUUGAAUAUCUCAUAGUGUAUUUCACUUUUCAUAUGUAAUUUACCUUUUGCUGAAUACUGUCUCAGGUGCUGAGUAUGGAAUAACUAGUGAUGGGUUUUUUGAACUGGAAGAUUUGCCUAAGUGAGUGCCCUUUUCAGUUUAAUUAUUUGAUAUAAUCCUUUGGUCAUAAUCUUUAAUCUUAAAAGAUUAUUUAUCGUCUUUUAAAAAUGAUUUCAUUUUAUAAUUUUUGCCCAACAUCUAGAGCAGUGGUUCUCAACUUUCCUAUUGCUGCGUCCCUUUAAUACAGUUCCUCAUGUGGUGAUGACCCCCAACCACAAAAUUAUUUUCAUCGUUACUUCAUAACUAUAGAGAAUAUGUGUUUUCCGAUGAUCUUAGGUGACCCUUGAGAAAGGGUCCUUCAACCCCUGAAGGCGUCAUGACCCACAGGUUGAGAACCGCUGAUCUAGAGCAUGAAGGGAUGCUAGCUUUUGUCUAAGUUUUCACAAAUGCAAAACUAAAUUUAUUUCCAUGAUUUCAUAAAUGUUUGUUAAUUAAAAUUUUUAAAUAUAAAAAUUAAUUAAUUUUUAGACCUUUUUCAGUCUGUUUGUUUUUUCUCGGGGAUCAGAAUUAAGUAACAUUAAUAUAGUAUUAAAGAGGUGGCCACUUCUGUGACAAAGUUUGUCAAUGACAAUUAGUCCCCUUAGCAUUGGAUUGCUUCCCUUUAGACUCAAAAAGUGUUAUUUGAGAGUUCUAAAGUUAACGUGGGAUAUUUUUUUGUGUGUAAAAAACAAAAUGUUUAUUCCCACACUAGCAUUAUUUUUAAAAUUGGAAAAUCUAAGUUUAAUGCUACUACUAGGUGAGAAAAAAUUUAAAAAAAAAAUUGUGCUGUCCGUGAUGGGGAUUGAACUCUCCAUAAGCACAAUUAAAUGUACAUCUUGAUGGUUAUGCAAAUGGAGUGAGAAAUUUGAAAAAUAUUUCAAUAUCAUAUAUGUAUCUGAUUUUUCCAAACUUUGUUUUUAUAUUUAGUAUAAACAACAAGCAAAAUUAGAUUUUGGUCAUGAAAUAUCGGAGAUGAUCAACUAUUUAACGAAAAGACACUGCUCAGAUCAAGUAAAACAAAAGUUUUUAAAGAAUUAGUAAAAUUUAAAGUUUUGUAAAGCCAUGGCUGUAGUUCUCUGUCAGUUGUCAGUUGCUAAUGUUAAUUCUGAGUUUUGCUUUGUUUCAGGAAAGUUGUAGUAGUAGGUGCAGGUUAUAUCGCUGUGGAAUUGGCUGGAAUAUUUGGAGCACUGGGUGUAGAUACUUCUAUUCUUAUACGAUUUGACCAGGUCAUUAUACAAAAAAUAUACUUUUACACACAUUUGAACUCUGGUAUGAUUUGAGCAAAUUAAUUUAUACCCAAAACUGCAAAAGUUGAGAUAUUGGGUGCUUUCUCCUAGAAUCAGAUGUGUCUCUUGGAGUUAUGGACAUCACACAUUAUUUAUUGACUCGGCAUACUGAUCUGUUUUCAUUAAUUUUAAAUUUGACGAAGAAGCAAGAGACUGAAACAUCACAGACCGUUGUUAGACUCUGACGCCCAAGUCAGACUUGAAGCAAGGCUAUUUAUUACUGAACAUCCCUGAUUAAAUCAUCUAGUUAACAAAGCUCUUCACAUAUUUAAAAAGAGAAUCCUAGCUGAUAAAACUUCACUCUGCAAUUAACUUUUUAUUGUAUUCUAUGAAAACUUUAGGUUCUACGUACAUUCGACAGCAUGAUUAGUAAGAAUGUGACAGAUAACUUGGAGUCUGGUGGUGUCAAGGUCAUCAAGCAAUCUGUGGUGAGUGACUGUGUUUUAUGGGAGACUCACGCAAAUAUGUAUUUAAUGCAGGCAGGACACAAUAAUUUAAUGAGAAAUUUAAUGUAAUCAUAAUUUAAUCAAACUGAGAAAAUUAUUUUAAUUUAUAAACAACCAAAUGCAUAUUUUGUGCAGACGUCCUGUAUUGAUAACCCCCCCCCCCCCCCCCCCCCCCCAACUUCUUUGCAUCUUAUCAUUACCGUAGGUAUCUGAAGUAACCAAAGAGGGUGAUGGGACACUGACUAUACAGACCAACAAUGAAAAAAUUAGUAAUGUGGACUGCCUCUUGUGGGCCAUUGGUCGUUUACCAAACUCAGACAACCUUGGUCUUGAUAGUGCUGUAAGUACUAAUUUCAUUCUCGUGAGGAUGUUAAAAUUCUAUUUAACCUUACCAAAUGAUGAUUGGAUGGCCUUGAUUGGAAUCUUGUAGCAAGUGAACUAUAGCAAAAAUCAUGUCUUGUAUAACUUUUUUACUAUGGGAUUGGAAGAAUGCGUAAACUGAGAUAACUAUGGUUUGGUUUCUUUUAUUGAUGGUGGGAAUAGAAAUCAAAGCUGUGAUCUUCUUAAUUUAAAAAAAUAUAUUAAAUUAACCUUAUUUCAUUUUGAUUUAACGCUCUAUUUAAAUAAGGAACGUUUUAAUCUUUUAAAAUGUAUUUAAAUUGGCUGAAAUCUUUUUCAAAAAAAUAAAUAAUUAAAAUUUCCAUUUUAUUUGAUAAUGAUUGGAAUCAAGCUGUUAUGCGUGGGUAGUGCAUGCUGCGAACACUGUUUAAAUUUAGAUAAAGACAAAUAAUUAUGCUCUUCAAUACUUUUAGUAUGCCAUUACAAAAAGCUAAGGUAACUACUAUGAAUAUUUUCCCACUAUUCAUAAUGCUGUCUCAGUAGGAAAAUCUCAUUCUGGUUUUAAAACAAAAACUUGUAGAUUGCAUAUGGAAGUGUUAACUAUUAUUUACAAUUUUUUAAUUUCUUAACUUACCUUGGUUGCCGUCGGUGACCUGUAGGCCACAUUGGAAUAGUUUAUGGGGUCAGUUAGUAAAUGAGUCAAUAAACUAUGAAUUUCUCCGCAGGGGGUCAAUGUGGACAAACACAACAAUAUAGAGGUAGACGAGUUUCAGAAUACAAGUGUGAAAGGGAUUUAUGCUUUAGGAGAUGUUUGUGGGAAAGCCUUACUGACUCCAGGUAUGAAAAUCAUAGAGCUUGAAGUGUUCAUGGGGGGAAAAUGUGUUAGUUACAGUGUAGAUGUUUUUGGUGAUAAAACCUAAAUAAAAUUGUUAUUUAGUUGAAGCAAGUUGGUGUACUAUGUAAAAAAUUUUCAGAUUAUAUAGGCAGAAUGCUGUAAUUUAUCCUUGAUUUAUGUCUAUGUGAUUGACCAACCCUGUUUAAAGAGUUUUACUGCAUCAAGUUGUAAAAAGUUUUAUUUGUGCACAUUCAAACUUGGUACAAUGUAUUUUUUCCACUAGUUGCCAUUGCCGCUGGGAGAAGACUGGCUCAUAGACUGUUUGAUGGGCAGACGGACCUAAGAUUAGACUACACCAACAUUCCCACAGUUGUCUUUUCUCACCCUCCUGUUGGGACUAUAGGUUUAACUGAAGGUUUGUUGGGUUAAACUUUUGAUUCCCUUAAUGAUUCCAGUUUAUAAAAUCUUUUGAUGCAGCACAUAAGUUUACUAUUAGUAUCAAGUAUCUAAAAACACCUAAAAGAGUGGUUGAUGGGGUGGGGGUUUAAUGCCAAAAAUUCUUAGACAAGUCUUGACUUGAAUAUUUAUUAAAACUUUGCCCACAAUUGCUAAAGUAAUAUCAAAGCUUCUCCUGCAAAUAAAACCAUUUUUGGUGAGAUGCUUUCUAAAAUGUUGGCUAUACAAAUUUUCAAAGAAUUGUUAAAAAAUACAUGAGUCUUAACAUUAAAGCCAUGAAAAUUUUAACUGCAAACCUACAUUUAAUUAUUUUUAUUUGAGCUGUAACAUAAAUUCGUGGUGAAGGAUUUUCUAUUAUAACUUUCUAAUAAUCGUAGCGAUAUCAGUGUUUAUCAUUAGAGGAGUUGAAGUUGACUGUUGAAUUCCAUAGCUGAGGCUGAGAGCAAGUAUGGGAGAGAGAAAUUGAAAAUCUACACCUCCAAUUUUGUGCCCAUGUACUACGCUGUUCUUGAAAAGAAAGUGAGGUGCAACAUGAAACUUAUAUGUGUUCUUCCAGAUGAAAAGGUUGGAAUAGUUUCUAAUUUUUUUAAGCUCAUGUAGAACAACUUGAUAGAUUUUUUUUAAAAAUUACAGUUUCCUUGGGAAAACUAAAGACAGAAUGUUGCUUUAAGAUUACAGUUUCCUUGGGAAAAACUAAAGACAAAAUGUUGCUUUAGAUUCAGAUUUUAACUUAAAAAGCCUGCUCACCGAAGCUUUGACUUUUGACAUUAUUUUUGUUGGCUGAAAUAAUGUAUACUACAUUGAGUUGGUCAAUUUUAAUUUUUGCUUGUACUAAAUGAGUUUUAGACAGACGUUUUGUAAAACUUUUUUCUUAUCUUUAUUUUCUUUUGUGUUACGAUGAGAUUUCCCUGAAAACGCAAAUAAUUUUUUAAAUAUGGGAAAUGAAUUUAUUUUAAAUUUCAUCAUGUGACCACAGGUCGUAGGUCUCCACAUAGUGGGUCAGGGCUGCGAUGAAAUGUUGCAGGGAUUCGGUGUGGCCAUAAAGAUGGGCGCCACCAAGGCUCAGUUUGACGAGUGUGUGGCCAUUCACCCGACGUCAUCAGAAGAGCUAGUCACCAUGAGAUAGAUCUCACCUGUUGAUGGCAAAAGUGUAAAAGUGUUUGUUUUCUUUUUAAAAGAAAGUGAUGUGUCUAGCAACGGUUUAAAGUGUUCACUGUAUGUGAGACAUCAAUUCAUCCUGUAAUGAACAUAAUCCAUAUCAUAAUUAGAAAAAACUUACAAUGAAGUUGUGUGGUAAUACUAUUUCUGAAAAUAUGCAUUUUGAGGGGCUUUACUCAACAACAUUUUUUUUUUUCAUGUUUUUAUAAUACAUUGCAAUUAAUAAAGUUCCUGCAACACUCAGUUAUUAUCAGCAGCAAUUUAGCUAAAGGUAUUCAAAUUAACUCAUAAACUAUCACAAGCUGUUGAGGAUAGUACAUCAUAUUAAUACUGGCAAAUUAAUAACAGAAAUCUUUUUUCCAUGAAUUCAAUAAUUAAUAAGUAUCAGUAAAGAUAAGGCUGCCUAUCUAUUCCUUCAGAUGGGUUUAUUUAUGGUAAAAGGAAGAACAUUUAUACCUGAUUAAUAAAUAUUUUUUCCCUCAAAUUAAAAUUAAAAAAUCCAGAAUUAAAGAUACAUUUUGACAUAUAAAGAAUGAGACUUCAUUUAAUUAUAUUUAUAACCUUCAUUUUUUUUUUUUAUUAAUAAUUUUAUAAUUGCUCAAAAGAAAGAACUUGGCAAUUCCUUUUUUGUCAUCAUCUUGUAAUUAAAAAUGUUUCAGAAACACGCAUCCAGUAGAAUUAUAUAAUCAGAUAGAUAAGGUUUCACUGCUUAAACAUAAUUAUGAUUUUUUUUAAACCACCAAACAAUUCAGUCACCCUAGACUUAGAGGAUUUAGUUGAUAUUCCAUCAUUUCAAUGUAAAAAUUAGCACUGCCAGAGUUUUUAAUAUUUUUAAUUUAUGUGAUUUCCUUGAAUUUAAAAACAUCCUUUCCAGUUCAAAUCUUGUCAUUGUGGCAUCUCAGGGAAUAAUUAGACCAUAAAGUGGAAAAAAAGGACAACUUGAUCAAGUUAGAAUUUUCACAUUUCAGAAAUAAUUUUUGCUAUGUAAGAUAUGAUAUACAUUUGUAUGAGUGGAUGAAGUUGUAGAUUUUGUUAUUGAUUUGUUUUUUUAGCCAUAUAAGACCACAUAACGCACCACUAGAAUAUUAUUAAUAUAAUAUAACACUUUUUUUAAUAAACUCAUACCACUGACAUAGGCUUACUCGGGUAUGAGCUUUAAGCAAAGAAUUAAAUGUGUGACAACCAUUUUUUAAAAAUUUGUGAUACAGUGACUACCUCUCUACAUACACACAAAUUGCAAAGUUAUAUUUUAAAAUAUUAUUUUUCUUCGAAGUUCAGUACAUAUUUCAUGUUUUAAUUCAGAGAAUUGUUGAUAUCCAUGAUACAUCUCAGUGUGUAAAAUAUAUUUCUGUUUAAUCUUUAAAAAAAAGUCCUUACAUCAAGUCACGCUAUAAAGUAUUUCACAGAAGGGACAGUCUCCCAGCUUAGAGUACGAUGAUAACAUCUCAACUAAAAACUUACUUUAAUUUCAAUUGUAUAAUAUUUUUUUAAUGUUUACAUAAUAAAAUCAAAAUUUGUUUUUUAUUUAAGAAUAAUAAAUAAGUGUGAGUGAAGCUGUUUUGGUGAUUGCAUGCAAAUUAUAAUGUUCACUCAAUAAACAUCAAAUCUUCAAAGGUGAGUUUAUAACAAAUUUAUUUAGGAAUGUAUAUUGUUUACAUAUAUAUGUCCUUUGCAUGGACAUUGUGAAUUCAUGGAUAUUAAAGUAUUAAAUUAAUAAUCAUAA